GUGUCUGGGUGGGGGGGCGCCCGGCGGGGGCGGGGCGGCCGGAGGAGGCGUUGGCAGCCGGCUGGGACCCACGCGGCGCCGCGGCCCGCCUGGCCUGCAGCGCUCCCACCCCUCAGCGGCGACGGCACGAUGCCCUUUGACUUCAGGAGGUUUGACAUCUACAGGAAGGUGCCCAAGGACCUCACGCAGCCGACGUACACCGGGGCCAUUAUCUCCAUCUGCUGCUGCCUCUUCAUCCUCUUCCUCUUCCUCUCGGAGCUCACUGGAUUCAUCACCACAGAAGUUGUGAAUGAGCUGUAUGUCGAUGACCCGGACAAGGACAGCGGGGGCAAAAUCGACGUCAGCCUGAACAUCAGUCUGCCCAACCUGCACUGCGAACUGGUCGGGCUGGACAUCCAGGAUGAGAUGGGCAGGCACGAGGUGGGGCACAUCGACAACUCCAUGAAGAUCCCGCUGAACAACGGGGUGGGCUGCCGCUUCGAGGGCCAGUUCAGCAUCAACAAGGUCCCGGGCAACUUCCACGUGUCCACACACAGUGCCACGGCCCAGCCACAGAACCCGGACAUGACCCACGUCAUCCACAAGCUCUCCUUCGGGGACACGCUACAGGUCCAGAAUGUGCACGGAGCGUUCAAUGCCCUCGGGGGAGCGGACAGACUCACCUCCAACCCCCUCGCCUCCCACGACUACAUCUUGAAGAUCGUGCCCACGGUUUACGAAGACAAGAGCGGCAAGCAGCGUUACUCUUACCAGUACACGGUGGCCAAUAAGGAGUACGUCGCCUACAGCCACACGGGCCGCAUCAUCCCUGCCAUCUGGUUCCGAUACGACCUCAGCCCCAUCACGGUCAAGUACACGGAGAGACGGCAGCCUCUGUACAGGUUCAUCACCACGAUCUGCGCCAUCAUUGGCGGGACCUUCACCGUCGCCGGCAUUCUGGACUCGUGCAUCUUCACGGCCUCGGAGGCCUGGAAGAAGAUCCAGCUGGGCAAGAUGCAUUGACCCCCUGUGCGGCCCCGUGGCCCAGGGCCCAGGCAGCCCGCCUGCCCUGCCUCCCGCACAGCACCCCGUCUCCUCCUGCCCUCUGUCUGGUCCAGGAUCUGGCUGCAUCCCAAAGUGGGAGGAUAGGGAGAGGGAGGGGCGGCUCGCAGUUUCGCAGCUACCUCUAUUCCCCGUGUUUAAUUCGAGACGAGUUACACUGCCUAAAGUCGUGGUGCCCCUUCUCCUGGGGGGCCCUAAGACCAGCAUCAGGCAAAGGGUGCUUGGGGAUAUUGGGGACCACUCCUGGGAGGGCUGUAGUCCCUCCUCUCCUGUGGGACCAGCCCAGAAUCCACGUGGACCAGUUCUCAGCCAGGCUUUGACAAUCUCGCAGCCUCCACCAUUGGGAUACACUAAUCACUUGGUUCCCUCCCCCCGGCCCCCACCCUGGGCAACCAGCCCUCAGACCUGGACUCUCGGCCCUGGACCAAGCUGCCUAAAGGUACCACCCCCCCCUCGCCACCUGGCGCCUUCAACAAAGGAUGGUACUUCCCAGGCAAGCCCCCGGGAUGUGGCGCUCCAGGUGAAACCUCGCUCUGCCCCCUGCUUUCCUGCCCGACCCAGAGCCCAGGCCUCCAGCCCCUGCUUUCUUUCUCUCCCGAGAAGCAGAUGCCCAGUUGUUGGUCACCGGGUGGGUGCUGGGUCCCCUUCCUCAGUUCACUUUGUUUCUCCGAACUGCCCCCGCCCCCCCGCCCCGCCAAUGUGCCUCAGCCCCUGCGCCGUGUGACAGCAGCACCUCUUGGCGGGGGGCUGGUUGUGCCUGGGAAGGCACCCUCGGAGAACCAGACAGGGUCUGGGCACUGAAGUCCACGCGGGGAGCACCUCUCUCUGCAGCCCUGAACCAAUCAUGUCUCGGCCUCUCCCAGCUGGCGGCCGUCCGUCCCCGAGGCCUUAGGUGGGGGACGCAAAGCAGCCCCACCUCCCCCCGUCUGGACGUCCACCUUCCGGGCUCCCCUCUGCUCCCCCUCAUCCUUCCCCUUCGGCCCUGAGAGGGAGGGGCAGUGGUCCAGGUGCCCCUGGACCCAGGGAAUUUUCGGCAUGCCCCGGGAAGAGAGCGGCUGCCUGUUUUCCAUUUAUAUCAAGAUUGUUUGCAUACUUUUGUAAUUAAGGGGCGUGUUCGGGAGAGGGAGUGCUCACGUAUCUAUAUCGAUAGCUUAAGUCUCUGCCAUUUGUGAUUUUUGGCUCUGGAUUCCAAGAGGAAGAGCUUCCCCAUUUGCCUACGAGGUGACUGAUGUAGGCACCUGCAUUUGGUUAUUUCUGGUGUCUAUGGCCACUUAGGCAGAUUUUUUAAAAAUUUUUUUACGUUCUGUUCCCCAGUUACGGAAAAGAGCCCCUUCAGAGGGUGGGCGGGGAAGGGCGGGGAAAUCUGUGGGGUGCACAGGAAUUGAAAAUAACCCACUUCUAUGCAUUUUUAAGGAACAAACUCUCAAGGGCACGGGGACUGUCGGUUUCCUAUGGAAGGGACACCCCCCAACCCAAUAGGCUUAUCAACAAAAUCUCCAGGGAAAAACAUGUUCUAGGUCUUUCCCCACUCCUUGGGUUCAAAGAGAUUAAACAGCUGAUUUUCAGAA